AUGCAUGGCGCGUUUGUGCUACCAAGGUCGGAUUCUCAAAGCACCAUUCAGAGUGCAGCGACUGGGAGAUCCGACUCUCAAGCCUCUUCUCGUGAUGACUCGUCUCUCCUCACCAAGCAGCUGCAGUCCACGCUCUUCUCUCAGCGGGAGGAUCGGCCAGGAGAGAAGCAAAGGAAGAGGUCGAAGCUCCAGAGCUUGAGCGAGGACGAGCUGCUCGAAUCUCUCGUCGCCUUUGCCGAGGACUUUGGCGUAACUCCCUCGCUGUACUCGAGCAGCCUGCUGGAGGAAGCUAUAACGGAGCUGGUAGAAGAGACGCAUGAGACGAGGAAGCGUCGAGCGCAUAAGCCGGACAGCGGGGAGAUCUGGAGGCUUUUCAUGGACUUCAUCAUGUUGUGUGCGAGGAGGGUGACAGGCAUGAAGCCAUACAACAACAUGUUCAACGGCUACUCCCAUCAUGAUAAGGUCGCGCUGCUGUCUGUCCGAUCCUUCAUCCAGUUUCUCAUGAUGGACGACAUGGAGUUCGUUGAGUCGGUGCUGGAAAACGAUUCAAGCCCGUCGAUGAGCUUGUUUUCAUCCAGUCAGCAAGCAGAGAAAGAGUCGUCCAAGAACAAGAAGUACGAUAACGUCGAUCAAGCUCGCCAAGCUCUGUCCAAGAGCUGGUCCCACCUCUACUUCCUGUUCAAGUUCUUCUGCUUCCAGGAGGACAGGGAGCUUCCAGACGCACACAAGUUCACCAGCAUGAUCGGAGCCAAUCCCAACGAGCAGAGCAAGGACGAGGACGGCAACCGGGAGCAAGAACGCAAAGAGGUCACCAACAAACUUCAGCGAGUGCCGUUGUUGAGGUUGGAACGUUCAAACAGUCAGCGAAGAGCCUUGGAGGAAGGCGACGGUGGAGGCAGUGAGGAGACAGGUUACAAGGAAGAAAGAAGGAUGAAGAACCUACCCUGCGGGCCCCAAGUGCUCGACAUGCUGUACAAGAUCCGUCCUCAGUCUCUGUACGAGCAUGAAGCUAAGAAGUCGGGGGCGAGAACGUUCAUCACAGAGAACCGACCGAAGGUCAAGAAAGAUCUCGCAAAGAAGGUGAAGGCAAUCAUGUGGGCGAAGCGAAUCUCCUCCGCGAGAGCGCCCCAGGACAUGAGGAUGAAGACGAGGCUGGGGAGGCAGGAGGAAGUGCUGACCCGAGUAGCGUCCGAUGACUUGGCGCUUCAGAACAAGGUCACGGAGUCAUGGGAGCAGAUCAGCAGAGUCUCUCAAGACUUCGAGGCCGCAGCUCGCAAGAUCCAGAAGCUGUGCAGGUCAUGGCUGACGAGGAAGAUAAUCAGCGAAGGAAAAUUCCUGCGAGACGGUUUAAAGGCCUGGUUGUCAUCUAAUACGAAGAGCGACAAGAAGGAUGAGGUCAGGAUGCGGCUGGCAGAGCUGAUCAAGUUCUGUCGGAUCUUUCAGCUCUGUCCAGCUCUGAUCAGCGAGUCUCGACUCGUCGACAUCGCGAGGGCAGCGUCACAGACGAGCUUCAGCGCAGACAAACCGGCGGUGGUAUGGAUCAACUGGAGUUGCUUUCAGAGCAUCAUCUACGAGGUCGCAAUGUUCCGAGAGCGACAGAAGAAGGCCAAGGAUCAGAGUAUCCUCAAGGAGGGAGAGAGCGAGCUUGACAUCCUGAUCAGGCUCGAUGAGACUGUCAACUUCCUCCUGACAGGCAACGGCGAGCAUUCCUUCGACCCCUCUCAGCCCGCCGCCUCCAUCAGGACCAGAGUGCUCGCCUACUCCGUCGCCAAGGACGUGAAGCACAAGAGCCGGCUGGCAGAGUGUGUCAAGAAGGUUGAGAACACUCUCGCUGUCACCCACAAGCUCGAGAAGGGGGGGGGGAAGGCGGCGGAGCAGCCGGGGGAGCAGACGGCUCAGAGCCUGGAGCUUCGCCGAUGUCUGGACGGCUACAUCAACGCGUGCAGGCAGCACAAGCUCACCCCUAUCCACACGCUCAUCGCUCAGCUCCCCAAGGCGAGGGUGGACCUGUGCCACUACUCGCUGAGGGGGCACAAGGCCGCCACGUUCGGGGCCAGCAUGGAGCACAACUCGUGGAUCUCCGAGCUCUGCCUCUGCGACUGCAGGAUUGCCGCCGACGAGCUGGCGACCAUCCUGACGGCUGUGAGUAAGACGGGGCUGACGAAGCUUGACCUCUCGGAGAACUACCUCAACAAGCCCGGGCUCGAGGCCCUCGCGGAGUUCCUGAGCUCCUCCAAGACGCUCGUGAGCCUCAAGGCGCGAGGAG